AUGAUGGACAGCAAGAUGGCAUUUGCCAGCAGGGUGGUUCAGGUAGUGAAGCCACAUGCUCCACUGAUUAGGUUCCCUCACAGAAGAGACAGACCUAAACUCGGUACUUCAGAAGCUAUGGGAUCAGCUAUGGGAUCACCUCACUCUAUAAUUACACCACAUUCUAAAAGAAGUAGAGCACCCGAUUUGCUGAUGCAUCAGGGUCCACCAGACACUACAGACAUAAUCAAAACCUUACCUCAGAAAUACAGAAGGAAACUCAUCUCUCAAGAAGAAAUGGAAUUUAUCCACCGUGGAGGUCCAGAAUGA